AAUCCAACCUGAUGAGUGGUGCAACACUGCUUUAUUCAACACUGGAGCUGGACAAGCGACCAAUUGGUCCUGUGGUAAAAUUUGUCAUUUGUUGGUGCAGAAAAAAUUUAAUCAAGAAGAAACACUACCUUUGCAUUGACACUAUUCCAGACAUAUGUGGAUGAUUUACCUUCAGAGAAUGGGCCUCUUUUUCUAGACCGUACCAUACUUUCUCAGUGAUGUGUUCUCAGAGGAUGUGUCUGGACUUUUGACAGCAUAAUUGUCUGAACAAUUCCAGUCAGCUCUGGGUGGAUCAGACAUGAUAUUCACAUGUCUCUGAGCAACUUCCUGAUUUAGAUAUGGAUUAGAGUGCGAAACCUGUUCUCACCAGGCUGGUUUGCCUGCUUUGUGUUGCUCCAGACUCUAAACAGCGAUUGCCACAGACUCUGCGCAAGAGUAAACCUCCUUCAAUGUAAAACUACGUCAGAAACCUAAGCUGAAGCUGUAGUCAGAGAGAAGUGCAGGCAUGAAAUGACAGAGGAACAGCGCGCGGUUCACCAAAGCAGACCAACGUGGGAGCCCUGACAACACCCGAGCUUUGAGGCAAGAUACCAAACACUGCAACAACAGUAAAAAAACAGAAGUAGCUGCCUGAAGUUUCCCCCAUUUCCAUUGGGCUCGAUCUGCAGGACCCACACAAACUGACUUACUAAGCCUGCAUUUGGGAGAUUCUAUACUGGAACCUGUUCUCCAACAUAUUUUGCAUCCAGAGAUCUUUCAAAAUCCGAGGAUCAGGCUACCAGAAGACAACUUUCCUAGGCCAUUCAUCGUCUUUUUCAAGUUUUCACAAUAAUUAAACUUUCGAAACCUACAGGUCAGAUAUAAAAUGUCUCUCAAAACUCCCAUCUACCUCAAAACUGCAUUACCUAAAAAGGGCAAGAAGCCGAAACUGCGGGAAGUCCUAUCAGCUGACAUGAUCAGCCCACCUCUGGGAGAUUUUCACCACAAAUCGCACAUUGGCAGGAGAGGAGAGAGUGACACGUUUGGGGAUAUGUCCUUCCUGCAGGGCCAGGAUGAACUUCUGUCCUCCUUGAGUACAUCGAAAGAUCCAAGGGGUGUGGCACCCCCUAAACCCCCUCGACUACACCUAGGAGAGUCCGACGACACAACCACAGUCAAUCCUACGCAGGCUGCUUCCAAGUCUCCAGAUAACCAACUACCAACUCUUCACUCACCCUACUUCCAAUAUCACAUGCUGAAGGGCUCCAAGGAAGCCCCACCACAUGACAAGCAGAUAGAUGACAAAGACCAGCAACAAACUGAAGGUGUAGAAGGCUGGUUGUGCUCAGCUGAGAGAACAGUGGAUGAGUCUCAGUCAAACCCAUCUGAAUCUAUGUUUUCAUUUGAACUGGAUUUGGGACCUUCGAUACUGGAGGAUGUCCUCAAAAUAAUGGAUAAUCACAAAUCUGUAACUUCACAGCAGUAAAGUUACAUUAUCUGCUUGACUUUAUGGUAGUGAAUUAAAAGCCGUUGGAUACUGAGCACAAUAGCAACAGUUUGCUUAGGCAACCAAACUGUAUUCCAACUAAAGGGAACAAAAUAAUUAACAAAAAAAGUGCAGGAUAUUAUGAUUAGACCUACAGAUAUGAUUGAUUUCUAAGGAUGAUACGCUGCUUGAGACUCAUCUGCAUUGAGAUUUGCAAAGCAGGAUUAGAGUAUUUGUAUAUUGAGCACAUUGUGAUUCCUCCUUCAGCAAUCUUCUUCUCCACUAAAGUGCUUUAGCUGACAGCAUGGUGACAUAGCAACAUAGAAAGAUAUUCUGACUUGGAAUUGUAUACAAAGCACUUCAAACAGGUAGCUUCAAGCAUAGAGUUAGUACAGUGCAUAGAAAAUUUUACUUUCUAUAUUGUAAGUGUAUCACUUGCAGAAGUAACUUGAUGUCAACACACCCGGCACAAUUAAAUAGUGCUCAAAUUCCUCCAUUGCCCAAUGAUGACAUCCUCCAUGUUAUUUAAAUGCAUCAAGGUAUAUAGAGUCAAGACAUAUCUGCCCUGAUCUAAUAGAUUUGUGGUGUGGGCUGAAUGGCCUUCAGUUCCUAAGUUCCCUAGCCUGGGAACACAGAAGCUAAUUAUAGGUCCCCUCAAAGAUAAACAUUUUUUGCUCUUUCUGGUACUGUGGUCUGGUAGUUGUGUAAAUAACAACAUGGCUUAUACCAUACCUUUCUUUAAAAAAAUAUUGCAUUAAGCCAAUACACCAAUGGCAAAAGGAAAAAGAAAACUGGGAUGUCAGGAUUCAGAAUAUAAUGAUACCUACAAUUCAGAAAGGGCACACAAAAAAAGUGUACUCUUAAUACUUUAAUUACUAAUAAUGAAGAACUGUACCAAUAAUAAGUGGAUGCUUAUGAGUUAAUUGGCUACUGCAAGUUACCUAUUAACAUAGGUAGUGGCAAAAACAAAGGACUUGAUGAUCGGGUGAGAGGGAAUAAGUUGCUGUGCUAUAGCGAAACGAGGGAAGGGAGAAUGAGGUUGAUAGGAUUGCUCUGUUGGAAGCCAACAUGGACCUGUGUCAUACUAAAUGUUUACUCAACCUGCUGCAAAAUUUUAUUGCUGAAAUAUUCCAAAGGUUCCAAACCUGAAGGUGAAAAUAAAACCAGUCCAUGCCUUGCUCCAUGUGUCUAGUUAUAGUUUUAGACACACUGCACUCCGAAGCACCUGCUCAGUGCCCUGGGGACCCUGGCCCUUUCUAUAGCACACAGAGGACCUCUAGUGGUAGAAGAGCUGUCAAGGUAGCAGAUAUCUCAAAUCCUGCAUUGGUCUUUCUGAUUCCAAUUUCGUCCCCACAUACCAAGACAUGUACAACCUCAUGCCUCUUAUAGCAUUAUUUAUUAUUGCAUUCUUUAAA